GAGCCAGCAGCCUUUGGAGUGUUUGUUUGUAGAAGCGGGAUUAUUUUCCGUCAGGAAUGUCAGGAAGGUAGACAACAGUAAGCUCACGGUCGGGCGGAGCCUGAGGCGAGCGAGCGCUCCGAUUGGUUGCCGCGUUGCAUUUCACCGCGUCAUGUGGGCAGGAUGGAUGUGAAAGAACGCAGGCCGUACUGCUCACUGACCAAGAGCAGGAGAGAGAAAGAGCGCCGCUACACGGGCUCAUCCGGCGACAGCGAGGACUGCCGCGUGCCCACCCAGAAGUCCUACAGCUCCAGCGAGACGCUCAAGGCCUUCGAUCACGACUCCUCACGCCUGCUCUACGGCGGCCACGUCAAAGAGAUGGUCCACCGAGAGGCAGACGAGUACAGCCGCCAAGGCCAGAACUUUAACCUGAGGCAGCUGGGAAUAUGUGAACCAGCCACACGCCGUGGCUUGGCCUUCUGCGCAGAGAUGGGCCUCCCCCACCGCGGCUACUCCGUUGGCGCAGGCUCAGACAUGGACACUGAGAACGAGGGGGUGAUGUCACCGGAACGUGCCAUGCGCCUCUGGGGCAGGGGUGUGAAGUCUGGCCGCAACUCCUGCUUGUCCAGCCGCUCGAACUCAGCCCUGACCCUGACCGACACAGAGCACGAGAACAAAUCAGACAGUGAGAACGGUUCUCCCAUGCCAUCCUCUCUCUCCAGUCCAUCAGUCACUGAGCAUUCCCAUUCUCAACCACCCUCACCCAAUCUCCAUGACAACCAGAGUUCCGUCUUAAGUAAUGCCACCACGCAGGCAGCGCAGGACUCUGAUUCGGAAGAGGAGUACCCGGCCGCUCUCUAUAGACCCGUAACGCAGCCUGCCCUCAGCCACAGCUGUAAUGGAGGAAAGGUUUACAAAAUGAGCAUUGAGGAAAGACAAGAAGGAGGGUGGAUGUUCGAUAUGACAGGCCUCUCCGAGUGCUCCCAGCUUUCUGACAGGUGUGGGUGA